GGAGGAGGAGCUAUCCGUUUGUUGACAUCGGGUAAAAACGACUAUCAGAUGAGUGAAGACUGAUGAUAAUAACUCAAUUUCUCGCCGUCAUCAAGACAUACAGCCUUGGCGAAAGCUAAGGUAAACCAGUGCCUGGUCCCCUGUACUGCCCUGUCUUUGAUCUGAGCCAGAGAAAAAGAGGCUAACAUGGCAGCCAAAGCAGGAGACAACCCAGACAGCCUCAUGACUCUGGCAACGAUCUUCUGCCUGAGGAACCUUAGGAAGACCAUGUGCUACCAGGGAUUCAGGAACAAGCUCUGUCUGCGCUCGGACAUCUUCCUCCCCAGUGAAAUCUGCGACAAGCUGGUCAACACAUACAUGGAGUUGGUCCACACAGACAGUAACUUUGAACCAGAGGAGAGCUUCUUCCAACUAUUCUCAGACCCUCGCAGCACCAGACUGACCAGAGUACAGCUUAGAGAGGACUUCAUAGGUGACAGAGAUCUGGAGGCCAUAAAAAAACAGGACCUGAUUGAGCUCCACCUCACUUACUGCAACAGUCUGACAUCCCGGAGCUUGAAAACACUGACCUGCUUCCGUGAGACCUUGGUGUCUCUUUGUCUCUUCGGCUGCAGCCACAUCUUCCACAGGAAGCGUGGCGCUCCUCUCGCCUGCAAUGAAGACACCGAGGACGAGGAGGAGGAGAGCCCUGCUUCUAGGCAAGCAUUAGAGACAGAUUUUAACUUUCAGGGGUUCAACCGCCUCAGGUUGCUCAACUUAGGUGGCCUGCCUGACGGGUUGGAUGCUGAGACCCUGCUCAAACCCCUGAAGUCACUCACCUCACUAGAUCUGUCUAACGUACAAUUGCUGGGAACAACUUUUCUCACGCAGUGGAAACACAGACUGGCAUCUCUUGUUCUCUACAAUGUGGACCUGUCAGAGGAGUUGGUCAAUACAGUGGUGGAGAUCGUUAAUCUCAGGCAUCUUGACAUCUCGCGGGAGAGCAGACGGACCUCUAAAUCUAAGAUGACUAGGAAAAUCCUGACGGCCAUCGUACAGCGUCUGGUCAACCUGGUGUCGCUGGACAUCUCAGGCCACAUUAUGCAAGACAACUGCACAGUUCCACACUUUGAAGAAGCCAUGGGACGGCCAAGCAUUGAGCCAUGCAAGAGCAGCAUCUAUCCUUUCCAGGAGUUGAAGAGGCCCCUGCAGUUCCUGGGCUUGUAUGACACCACCCUCUGUAAUGUGACACACAUCCCUGCUUAUAAGGUGACGGGAUCAAAGAACGAAGACCAGGUCCUGAAUGCCAUUGAGGCUUACACAGAGUUCCGCCCUGAGCUGGCCCACAGAGCCAUCAAUCAGCUGUUUGACAUUGCAAGGAUACAACACUGCAGCCAAUUGCUACGAGCUUUGCAACUUGUGAUUGCAGCAUUGAAGUGCCAUAAAUAUGAAAAGAGCGUCCAGGUGACGGGCAGUGCCGCUCUCUUCUACCUGACCAACACAGAGUACCGCAGUGACCAGAGUGUGCGGUUGCGCAGAGAGGUCAUUCAGGUGGUGCUAAAUGGAAUGGAGCAGUACCAGGAGGUCACUGUCCAGAGGAACUGCUGCUUGACUCUGUGUAACUUCAGUAUUCCAGAGGAGCUGGAGUUCCAGUACAGUCGGGUCAACCAGCUGCUGCUGAAAAUCCUGGAACCAGCCAGGCAGGAUGAGUCUAUCCAGAGAAUUGCUGUGCACCUCUGCAAUGCUUUGGUCUGUCAGGUGGACAACCAUCACAAGGAAGCAGUGGGAAAGAUGGGAUUUGUCAAGACAAUGUUGAAUUUAAUACAGAAGAAGCUGCAGGACAGAAUGUGUGACCAGGUGAUGGAGUUUUCCUGGAGCGCUCUGUGGAACAUUACUGAUGAGACGCCCGACAAUUGUCAGAUGUUCCUCAACUGUCGGGGCAUGAGUCUGUUUCUGGAGUGUCUACAGGAGUUUCCAGACAAGCAGGAGCUUCACCGCAACAUGUUGGGACUUUUGGGAAAUGUUGCUGAGGUCAAAGCACUGAGGCCACAGCUGCUCACCCCGCAGUUCAUCACUGUAUUCAGUAACCUGCUGGACAGUAAGGCAGAUGGGAUCGAGGUGUCGUACAAUGCAUGUGGCGUGCUCUCACACAUCAUGUUUGAUGGGCCGGAGGUUUGGUUGAUGGAAGAGCCGCGAAGAGACACGGUGAUGGACAAGAUGUGGGAUGCUAUCCAGAGCUGGGACGUCAGCUCACACCGCAACAUUAACUACAGGUCAUUUGAGCCCAUCCUGCGCCUGCUGCCACAGAGCAUCUCCCCUGUCAGUCAGCACUGGGCCACAUGGGCUCUCUACAACCUGGUGACAGUUUACCCAAGCAAGUAUUGUCCCCUGCUGAUAAAGGAAGGAGGGCUAAGUCUUUUAGAGAAAGUUCUGGAACUGGAAAGUUCACAGCCAGAAACCAAGGACAUGGCCAGCAAAGUAAUGGAGCAGUGUGAAAACUUCAAAGAAGACCCCAUGGAAACAAAUCAUGGACCGGAGGUAAACUAUGGACAGAGAGGUUGACACCACAGGAGCCAUGAUUCUCAGCAAACAUCAAACAAACCAACCUAAGGCCCCUCUUACUGUCAUCACCACAAGGGUCACUUGUGUGCAUUAUUCCUAUCAUACUUAUUAUUUUGUAGAGCAGAAAUGUGUCUCUGACCCUUUUCACAGCAGUUUGGACAAAACCUUAAUAUAUGACACAUAGGACUUAAGAUGUGGUGCAUGGUGUUUUGUUGUGAGGGUGCUUACCUUUGCUACACAUAAGCAUCUCUUCUGUUGGGUUGGGUUUAUGGGGGUGGGUGACUGUUAUCUCUCACUGUGUUUGUGUGCGUGUGUGUGUCAAAGAUUUAACGAAUGAACAAAACAGUUGGAGUGAUGCUGAGUGGAAGGAAACAAAAGCCCUCCCCAGCUCACUAUCAGUAACUGUGUAACAUUGAACAAAAGGCUAAAGGCCGGGUAGUGUCCUGCACCGCCAUCAAAGGUCUCAGCUCUCACACUGCUCUCACACAAUCCCUCGUGCUUGUGGAGGCCACUGAGCUGUCGGCACAGUGAAUAUUAGCCAUUAGGUGUGUAGGCUGCAGAGAAGCAUCACAAUGAUGUUGACAGGAGGGAAGUCUUCCCACGAUUUGUGGCACAAUGAUAGACUUCUUUGUUAUAUAUGUAAAUAUUCUCUGUUUGUCUCAUUCUUUUACUGUGUGUUUGUUUUAUAAUAUAACUGUAAACACUCAUGACUUUACUCUAUAUUUAAAUUCCUUUAGUUUUGACUGACAUAAGGUCAGUGCCAAGAAAUUAUAUACAGAAUACCCAAUCAUUCAAAUGUAGUCUGUCAAUCCUGGAUUCUCUCUGCUUUAAAAGGAUUAUUUAGAGCCAGUUCAACCUCACUUCUGUUUUUAAUGAUCUGGCAUUUUAACCUGAUUCUGUUAAGUCUUCUUACUGGAAGCACUAGUGAGCUUCAACCAUGAGGGAGGUCAAAACACCCAAAGUAAAAACGCUAAAUGGCUCUACACUGUGGACAUAACAGGCAUCAUGCACAAGAAAUGUUCUUCCCAGUUUGGUGUAGAAAAACUGGACUAGCCUGUACAGAGCCCUGACCUCAACCCCACACAGCACCUUUGGGAUGAACUGGAAGGAUGAACCGAAAGAUUUCGGUUUCUAGAAGUAGCUGCACAGCGGGGGUAAAAUCAUUACACUACAUCAAGUCAUCCCGUCCACUAGGUGAAGAUGUCUGCGAUGAGUACAGGCAGCGGCAAACCCAGGGUGAGCCUGAAUGAGAUGGAGGCAGCUGCCUGGAGGAAGAGAGGCUUUGCCUCUUCAGAUACCAAGAUAACUUUACCUUCUGCCGUCUGCUUACAACUGGUGAAUUUACAGCUCACAGCAACUUAAUACGAUACAGUCUCUGGCUUUUGUUUGAUACUUUGGGUUUGCAAAAAUGUUACUCCAUGUUUCCAGUUAGUCGUUAGCGUAGUUAGCACCAUGGAUGUAUUAAGAGACCUGUAUACAGUGAUGAAUGCAGGGCCCCAUUAAUUCCUAUUAGAGUUGCUGGGACAUGCAUGAAGCCAGAAUGGUUCAACUGCGGCAUAUAAAAUUACCAGGAAGAUCCGGGGAUUAUUGGCAGUACUUCCGCACUUUGCGGCCCAUAAAGCAGGUACACCAGAGACUUAAUGCAGCCAAGCACGACAGAGUGUGGCCGGGCAGUGUUCUGUUUACUUGAAUGGGAAUAAGAACUUUCAAUCUUGCAGCUCUUAUGGACUUUUCAAGGCUAGACUUGUUAUUGAAGUAAAUUAAUCAUUAUCAUCAUCAUCGUCAUCUCCCGGGGCUGUGAUGCUCAAAAAUGUGUCCACAGAUAAACAGACAUCUCUUUCACCAUGUAAGUCAAUAGUACAAAGUCUUUUUGGGCUGCAGGGCAUCACAUGACGGACCCUGGAAAUUGCAGUACCAUCCAGAGGCUAAUGCGUGCGUACCAAGGCUAAUGUGCGUGUGCAUAACUUGGCUUGUUUACUAUAUUACAUGAAUCUCGCCAUCAGCCUGAACUUCCCAUGGUUCCCUGUACAAAACUGUGGCAUUUCAGUAAACUGUUGCUUGAUAGUUUAUGGGUGCCUUUGGAAAUACUCACUCCUAGUGCCUUCCCGCACUCUGGCACAAACUAGACCAUUCGUAAAGUCGGAGCACUGUCAGAAUGUACUCUGUUCAGUAUCACAACACUCUUGGAGCAGCAGAGCAUAAUCUGGGCACUCUGUUUUGGGAGACGGUGCAGCAGAGCACCUAGUAAAGGUGAACGCUUGAUUAACUGAAUCGUUAGUUAAUUAGUGUAGAAAUAGAGCAUCCUGAUUUUUCGAACAAAAGCAUUUCAGUGUAGUGUGUCAGAUUGGAUUUACAAAAAC